AUGGCUGAAGUUGAAGUUAGUCAUAUUCUAGUUUCCGGUUGCUUACACCCAGUUUUUGUAGGAUAGGGUUAUUUUUAAUAAUAUGUUUGUGUACUUGUAAGUUAUAAUAGAGACAAAAUUAUGAUCUUGUUAGAGAUCAAUAACCGUAUUGUGGAAGAAACGCUCACAUUAAAAUUUAAGAAUGCUUUGGCUGGCCAUAAACCAGAAUCGAUAGAUAUCAGUAUUGCUGACUUUGAUGGAGCGUUAUUCCACAUUUCCAAUGUGGGAGGAGAUAAAACCAAAGUUCGGACAAGCAUUUCACUCAAGUUCUACAAACAACUGCAAGAGCAUGGAGCGGAUGAACUUUUGAGGAGAGAAUACGCCUCCUUGCUGAUUGAACCUGAAGAUGGUUACAAUGUUUCGGUGCUAAUAAGUUUAGACAACAUACCUACCAAUUGGGAAGAAGUUGUGAAAAAGAUCGGCCUUUUGAAAAGGAAUUGUUUUGCUUCAGUUUUUGAAAAAUAUUUUGACUUCCAAGAAAGAGGAGAGGAGGGACACAAACAAGCAGUUAUCAAUUAUAGAAAUGAAGAAACUAUGUAUGUCGAAGCAAAGUCUGACAGAGUAACGGUAGUAUUUAGCACAAUAUUUAAGGAUGAAAAUGACAUAGUGAUAGGGAAAGUGUUUAUGCAAGAGUUCAAAGAAGGGCGCAGGGCGAGUCACACGGCGCCGCAAGUCCUCUUCAGCCAUAGAGAGCCGCCACUGGAGUUGCAGAACUCAAACGCUCUGGUGGGAGAGAAUAUAGGAUAUAUCACAUUUGUUUUAUUUCCAAGGCAUACAAAUCGGACUGCAAGAGAGAACACUAUCAACCUCAUACACAUGUUUCGGCAUUACUUGCACUACCAUAUUAAAUGUUCAAAAGCGUACAUUCAUUCUCGGAUGCGUGCUAAGACAUCAGACUUCCUGAAAGUGCUCAAUCGUGCAAGGCCUGAACCCAAGAACGUCGAGAAGAAAACCAUUACGGGUCGCACGUUCAUCAGGAAGGAAUGAUUACUUGCUGCCAGUAGGUAAAUGUGUACAAACGGAGGCCGUGGAGCCACUACACUGCCACACGGACACUCGACUGGAGUGCCUAUACAGUACCAUCACCAAACAUGUAAACAACUUGGUUUGUCUAAAAUAAUAUUGUAAUAAGGUUUUCUGCUUUUAAAAUCAUAUUUGAGUUGGUUUAUUAGAGAUGGUUACCAUUAUUUAGAAUAAGGAUGUGAGUUCGGAUAGCUUAUUUGACAAAAUUAGAGUGCAAGUUUACAGAUGGAAUGAGUCGAGCAUAACUACGUUUGACUUUAAUUAUUUAUAUUAGGCUCUUAGUUGGUUUUGUUGAUACUAAUCAUUUAGUGUUGUUAAUAAUCACAAAUAACGUUUUAUUUAAGAGCAAUUUUAUAGGCUUUUAAUUGCUUUUAUUUCCAAGUAGGCCUACAACCAAUUGCUUGUAAUUUUUUUGUAAGGCAAAUAAUAUCCUAGUCGAAAUAAAUCAAGACUGGUCUUUAUGCUAGAUUACUUAUCUUCUGAUAAAAACUAGUUCUCUUAAAUGAUUAAUUUAUGUUCUUAGAUUGUAUUGCGAAACAAAAUAGUUGACACUGAUUAAAUUAAAAUAGCAUACUAUAAUUGUUUGGUUUAAUGGAACAAACUUCACACAUGCACAUAAAAACCUUGUUUUAAUACUUAAAAGUUUAUCCAACUUUUAAUAAACUUGAGGAUUUUGGAUGGUGAUCAGCUUUGCAGAGUAUCGCAUUGUAGCUCAAUUAAAAUUGUUGACCUAGUUGUAAGAGUGUUUAACUGUGUGGCAGUGGUUUAUGUAUAUGUUUGUUAUUAUUAUAACUCAUGUAAAGACUUGUGAAUAUGCAAGAAAAUCCCUGUGAUUAAUUAUGAUAGAUCAGCUGAAUGGAUUCUUCGAUUUCUACGCAAUACUAUUUUUAACGCCAAUGAUCAGUUUUGUUAGCAUUAUUUAAAUUAUGAUUAGUGUUUUAUAAUAAAGCCAUACACUUUUUAACAAUCAAAGUAGAUCAAGUUUAGUUGUAAAAGGUUGGCUAUGGAAGGAAUAUUGACUUGAGACACACCUCUAUGAAUUUUCUUUGAUUACAGUACUUUAAUAAUAGUUGUUUUUUUUUUUUUGGUACUCAUUAGUUAUUGCAAUCCCUGUUUUUUCUUAAGCCUGGCAGCCAUUUAAUUACAUGUUUUUGUGGAUUUCUUGUAAAGUCAGAAUUUGUCAACUGGCUGGGUAGCUGAGUGGUUAUAGUGCUCGCCUAACAAUAGAAAGGUUGCUGCAUCGAUCCUGAGAAAAGUCAGUAGCUUCUUGAUGGUUCGAAACUGGACUCUGUCUCUGAUUAUUGGGCUUUGAAUAAAAUGAUCCUGGCUAAUGAAUCAGCUGAUCUUGGUAAAUAAAAAGUUACACAGAUCAUGUCACACCAUUCUAUGCUCAUCCUUCACUCAUAUUUGGGUAAAAUACGCACAAAGGUGGCGUCCCCAUCUCGAUGGAUAAUGCCUAAAAAGAAUCUGACAAAAUUGAUGUUUCAAAAAAGCUGAAAUACUUUUAUAACAAACACUGAAAACAAUCGCUGGUCUUCUCAAUUUUAUAUUUCAGUUUAAGCACAGUUAUUGAUUAUAAAUUUUACUACAGUGUGAACUGAAAUAGAUGUUGCAAUACAACAAGAUUGCUUUUCAAAAGCAAUAGCUUUGUUGUAUCAAUCACCAGAGACCAGCGGUCUAUAAUGGUUUCUUGGAGUUUUUGUUUGUUGUAGCAAUCAGAUGCGUCAUAAUGAGGUCAUUGUGAUCUCACUCGUAUGCACACUGACUCACACUUGUGGCAUUAAUUGUUUAAUCUAUCUCUACCCAAAUGUUAAAUUGAUUAUUAAAACAUUGCCAUUGGUUGGAUCCCACAAGUUCUUAAUUCAGAUAUUACAAUAUUUUAUCAUAACUUUUUGCAACAAAUUUGUUCUGCUUAAGUUGUUUGUGGGGAAAAAAACUUAUUUGAGUUAAAUCUUAGAGGAUGUGUCCCAGUCCCAGUUUUGGCUGUUCCUCUCUAUAACACCAACACCAGUGUUGUCAACAAAAACAUUGUGCAGAUUUUACUAUAAAAUUGUAAAUAUAUCAAGUUUUUCAACCAUACCAUUUCAAUUUUGGCCUCAAAAUUCCUCUUUAUGUUGAAUAUAUGUUUACAUACAUACGUAUAAUUCACUCUUUAUGGACCUUUUGUAUUAAAUGCACAAUUGACAUCAUAUUUACAAAACACUUACAAAACUUGUUUGUAUUUUUUAUAAAGUAGCCUACAUUUCUUUAAUAUUUUGUUAGACACAUACAAUUAAAAUGUACAUUAAAAUUAAAUCUGAAUAAUUAGUUUAGAAUACUUUUUUAUAUCUUAUUAUAAGCAUAUUCUGUUCUUUAUCAUAAGAAUCGUGAUCUGCUGAAUUUUACAUGAGUUGUAUUUUUUAAGGUAAAAACUGCACAAUACCAAGUUUUAUUAUAAAACUACUAGGAAAAAAUGUGUUAUAUAUAAGUUAUUUUUGUAUUUGUCAAUGUAUUGAUGAGGGAUGUUAUAGUAUGCUGUAUCCAGCAUUUGUCCAACAUGGGUAAUCACAAUGUUGUGUCAACAUAACAUGUUGCCGCACAGUCUGUUAGUACUUGUGCUAAGAGUUUUCCAGUAUAUUUCAGCUUCCAUGUUGGUAAAUCUACAUUCUCUUUCUCCUUAUACAUCCCAAUAUUGCGUUCAUGGUGCAUACACUUAAUUUAGGAAAUUUUAGCCUGUUUGUAUAAUGAAGUAUUUAUUCGUGAGCAGUAGUGGCUGCUUAUAUUGUUAUUUUAUCAUAUAUCGAAUACCUCUGUUCAAAAUCUUUUAGACUUGUACAGAAUAAUGUAAAAUUUGAUUCUUGUUUUCAAAGUUAUUGUAAUUAAUGACAAAAUAUUAUUUUUAAUGCAUUUAUUCGGUUAUGUUAUUUUGUAUAUAUUUUUAUACUUAAUAUUAUGGAAAUAAUUUUCCUGAAGUAACUCUAUUGUUGUAUUUUUUAUUUCAUGUAAUUUAUAGUUAAUUUUCAAAGUAUUUUCAAUAGUUAUUUUAUUGUAAAUAUUAAACAA